GCAUCAGUUGUCAGGCGCAGUGAAAUCCACACAAAAAUUAAUUAAAUAAAAUAAUAAGUGUAAAAUACUGUGAAAAUGUUGGUAGAAAAGUUCUGUUGCUUUCGCUUGGAAUCCACAGCGAAAUUCUUCGGCUGGUUGGGUAUCAUUGGCACUGUCCUUCUGACUAUCAUUUCGAUAGUCGGCAUUGUUAAUGCAAGUGAAUUAGCCGCAGCAUUACAGAAACAAGGCUUAAAGAUAAGUGAAGGCGACAUUCAACUAUUCCUCUAUAUCUAUAUAGUCUCAGAUCUCAUCGGUUUUGCCGCAAACAUUUGCCUGAUUUUGGGUACAGUCCAGAAACGUCACAAUUUGGUUUUGGUUUGGUUGAUCGUCAGUGCCUUGGGAAUAGUGUUUUCGAUUAUUUUCAUGUUCCUCACUAGUACUUAUGGCAGUCUUAUAGGCCUCGCAUUCUCUAUUUAUCUCUGGAUUGCGAUGUUCUCGCUUUAUAAGAGAAUCAAAUCGGAAAGACAAACGGGCUUUUCACGUCCAGCUGAGUAUAUGCCCAAACAAAUGGCCUAACUUAAGAGGAAAUGCUGAUUUUUUUAAUAAAUAAAAAUUUGAUGUUGAUGUUCAUAUCUUAAAUACAUACAUAUGUACUUAUAUGUGCAUGUUCAGCACUGGUUCUUAUGGCACUCUUAUACUCCUCACAUUCACUAUUUAUCUCUGGAUUGCGAUGUUCUCGCUUUGUAAGGGAAUCAAAUCGGAAAGACAAACGGGCUUUUCACGUCCAGCUGAGUAUGUGCCCAAACAAAUGGCCUAACUUAAGAGGAAAUGCUGAUUUUUUUAAUAAAUAAAAAUUUGAUGUUGAUGUUCAUAUCUUAAAUACAUACAUAUGUACUUAUAUGUGCAUGUUCAGCACUGGUUCUUAUGGCACUCUUAUACUCCUCACAUUCACUAUUUAUCUCUGGAUUGCGAUGUUCUCGCUUUGUAAGGGAAUCAAAUCGGGAAGACAAACAGGCUUUUCACGUCCAGCUGAUACUGAUAUUGAUGUUCAUAUCCUAAAUACAUACAUAUAUUAUAUAAUGAGUAUACAAAUUUUGUGUAUUUACAAGUCGAUAAAAAUAAAAACAAAUCAAUGAUUUAA